AAGUACACUCUCCACCCUACUUGAGAAUAUCCUCCAAUCAACGUCCGCCUAAAUAAAUGGCAGACCAAUAGCGACGUAGGUUCUUAGUGUAUUCGGUAACUAAGGACCGAGUAACAGAGUUCUCCUCAACCGCGUCCACAAAAAGUGUACUGCCGCACGAGGAUCUUCCUUAGCAACCGUGGACUAACAUGAGUUACUACAGCAUAAGACCCUCCAGCUCUGCCAGCUUCUCCUCUAACUCAACAGCAAGUGGCAUUGAAGAUGACAGCGCCAGUCUAAUGCAGCAGAAGCUGGAAAAACAGAGGGCACUGCUGGAACAGAAGCAGCGGAGGAAGCGUCAAGAACCUCUGAUGGUCCAACCCAACACAGAGGCUUGGCCCCGGCGCUCCAGGACACGGCGUGGGGAGGAGCAGGCCCCACUGGUGGAGUCUCAGCUUAGUAUCAUUAACGAUGUCACGGUGGAUGGUAUUGAUGGCCCAGCAGCCUUCAUGGGCUCAGAAGCCCCUGACCUGGGAAUGAAAAUCCAAAUCCUGUCUGUGAGCCAGUCCCAGUCUCAGCCUCAGUCGCAGUCUCAGUCACAGCUUCAGCCUCAAUCCCAGCCCCAGUCCCCUGCUGCCGAGGAGCCUGAGAGAGAUGGAGACACUGAGACUUUGCUAGAGCCCAAGACAGAUAUACACGAAUUACUGCAGAAACAAGGUCUGUCUGGCAGUAUGAACUUCGACGAAGCCAGCGAGCACGAGGAUGAUGUAGAGGAAGAACGGACACGUUCUAUGUCCCCUAACACAGACACCACCAGGCCUGCCUCUGCUGCCAGUGGCAAGGAUGUUUCAGAGGCUGAAACCCCAGGAUCACCCACAGCAGAGAGCUCACUAAUUGAUGUGGCUAAUCUAGAGGAGUUUGUCCUGCGUCCAGCUCCACGUGGCGUCACUGUUAAAUGUCGAAUCACUCGGGACAAGAAGGGUAUGGACCGUGGCCUGUACCCUACCUACUUCAUGCACAUGGAGAAAGAGGAUGGCAAGAGGGUGUUUCUGCUGGCAGGGAGGAAGAGGAAGAAGAGUAAGACAUCCAACUACCUUAUUUCAGUGGAUGCCACUGAUCUGUCACGAGAGGGAGAGAGCUUCAUCGGUAAACUGAGGUCCAACCUCAUGGGCACCAAAUUCACAGUGUACGACAACGGCACCAAUCCCUGCAAAAACCCCGGGGCUCUGUUGGAAGAGACCAACACACGACAGGAACUGGCUGCCAUUUGCUAUGAAACCAACGUACUGGGCUUCAAAGGACCCCGUAAAAUGACUGUAGUCAUCCCGGGCAUGAACAUGAAUUUUGAAAGAGUCCCUGUAAGACCUCAAAAUGAGCAGGAGAGCCUCCUCAGCAGGUGGCACAGUCACUCGCUGGACAACCUGAUAGAGCUGCACAACAAGGCCCCUGUGUGGAACGAUGACACCCAGUCUUAUGUGCUCAACUUCCACGGCCGCGUCACUCAAGCUUCAGUGAAAAACUUUCAGAUAGUUCACGACAAUGACCCUGACUACAUUGUCAUGCAGUUCGGCAGAGUGGCUGAAGACAUCUUCACUCUGGACUACAACUAUCCCAUGUGUGCUCUUCAGGCCUUUGCCAUUGGCCUGUCGAGCUUUGACAGCAAGUUGGCCUGUGAAUGAACCAGCAGUUUUACUUCCACACCCGCACCUUUCCUGCCCACCCUCAAAUCUCUUGUCACGAGAGGUCGACAGCAACAACGCUUGCAUCAUCAGGAAUCCUACAGAUGAAAAGGAACCCAUAUGAAACUGAAACAGGGACGUUUGUCAGAGGUGUUGGCGCAUUGUUGGAAAAUCCGACUCUGUUGGUUCCUGUUUUUUUUUUAAUGCGAUUUUAUAGUUAUUGUUUCGAUAUCAGUUUACCCAUUGUGUACAGUGUAUGUGUAUAUGUACACAUGUAUACAAACUAAAAGGGAAAAAGCAAAACACAUAGCUCUCAUCUGUGCUGGAGACAGGAGUUCCUGUUAGACUCCUAGUGCAAAAAGAUCUGAUAUUAAAUUUAUGGCCUUGUUUGAAGAUAUGUAAUAUGUGUAUUAAUCAUGUAUUUUCUGUUGCUUUUGUUGCCUUUGAAUUUUAUAUCAGUCAGUGUUUUUGGCCAGUCUAACGGCAUAUCUCUAAAAAUGUUAAUGUCGACUGAGAUGUCACACUACAAAGCAUAAACCAUUUUGAAAUAGAAAACAGGGCCUCUCCUCUGGUGCCACCCACUGGGCAAACUGUAGAUUUUUUUUAGUAAUAAGGAACUAAGAAAAGCAAACUAGUUUUUUUUUUUUUUUUUUUAAUCCAUCCAGCAUUUUCUUCUCUGGUCUGUAACGGUCUUGCCGCUAGUGUGGCUACGUAACUUUAAUCUUGUUUACAUCUUCACAUGUGACUUUCUAAGCUGCCAUCUACUCAUAACUCAUUUUGACAUCAUUCUUUUUGUUAUCGUGUCAUCUCUCUUUUUUAUCAAUGUGUGGAAGGUGCAUUAUUCAGAACAGACCCGUCUUAUGGUUUUUGUGUUUUUUGUGAUUAAGUGUAAUUUUUAAUCUUGUGACUGUGAUUUUUCUUUGUCUUAAGGAUAAAUUGGAUUAUCAUAAAAGAGAAAACAAAUGCAGAAUUGCACAUUUUAAGAGAAAGGAUAUACAGACUGUACAUAAAAGACAAGGUAAUGCUGCCUUAUUUGAUUUAUUCAUGCAGUCCUUAAAUAGCAUCAAAUACUAAAUGUCAUUUUAAGGUAUGGAAUUUUAAAAUAAUGGAUGGAAGUUAAGCAUCGAUACAUUGGAUAGAGCUUGUAUAUUCAUGGUUACACAAAUACAGAAAUUGUCUUAGAGAAAGACUAAACAUUAAUGUUUUCAAAAGGAAACUGCAAGACAUCUACUGUAUCUACACUGAGUGCACAAGAUUUGAGUGACAUUUUGUCGAGUUGAGAUUAAGUUGGAGGCUAUUUUGUACAGUCCACAUCUUGCCUGUCUCCAAAUCUAACGCUCCAUCUCCUCCCUUAUAAAUUAUAGGGGAGCAUUAAGGGAAAUCACUAAGGGAUUGUAUAGUUUAAAAGGCUUUACAUCAUCAUUAAAUGUCCCCAAUAGUUUGUCCAUUCAGUGUACUGCAUCUCUUUGAAGGACACGUGAAAACGUUACUGAAAACUUCUGUAUAGUACCAAUAUUUAGGGUCAUUGAUUGCUACAGAGCCAACAGUAAAUAUUUCAUAGUCGCACUUUUAUACAGUUUCAUCUGGAUCCUUUCAAGGAAAAGUCUUCAGUGGGAUAUCCUGCUGAGGAUGCGUUUGAGGGAUAGAUGUGAUUGCUAUGUGAGCGGGCCUUUUCUGCUCUGAAUGGCCCGUCAGAGCCUUACGUCAGUUACAAUCCUCCUUUACACGCGAGCUCCAAUAUCUGGUUUUAAAGGAAUUGUUACAAAAAUAUUUUCAAAAGAACUGUGUGCCAGCGGUUUAUGGAAAUUCCGUUUUGUUAUUUUGUAUUCAAAAUAUUGUAAAGAGAGCGUGCAGUGGAGUUUUGAAGAGAAAGAAAACAUUUACAGAAGAUAUUUUGAAAUAUAUAUAAACACUACAAGAGAC